AACGGUUCUCAAGAGGGAGAGCUCCUGCAGUUUUGGAGGUUAUUGCAAAGGUGGCUUGCUCUCCUUUUCCGGGGCGCCUCCCAUCUGUUUGAUCAAAGAGAGAGAGAGGAUUACAAGACAACAAAUAAACUAUAAUCAGAAAUAAAAAGAAACCCUCUCCUUCUCGUACUCUUCCCCAUUUCCUGAUAACUUCCCUUUUGCACACAAACCCAAACUUUGCUCUUCCUUCUUGGGUUUGUGUAUCAAGUUUUACUCUUCAUUUUUGUUCAAUUCGAAGUUUUUCUCAGGUACCAUUUUGUCGAAGAAUUGACUUUCAACGUGUACCUGUGGUUUCCUCUCUUGGAUUUUAGAUUCCUAAACAAGCAAUUUUACACUUGACAAAAUGUUUGGAUUUAUGAGACCUAGGCAGAAGUCAGUGGACCCACCAGCUGCUUCUGGUGGUUCCACCCCAUUUGAUUCUGACACUGAAGAUAACAGGAAUACUACUACACCUGCUAGAAGAGCUGCUUCUGAGCCUGUGCUAUUGGUCCCAGAUUUCAAUGAUGAUGACCAUGGAAGAAGAAAGCAAACUUCAGCAUCCACUAGGCCAUCACCGGCAAGAGAUCGAGAUAGGUACAAGAAUGAUUUCCGCGACUCUGGAGGAUUACAGAACCAGACUAUGGAAGACCUGGAGAACUAUGCUGUUUACAAGGCUGAGGAGACAACAAGCACUGUUAAUAACUGCUUGAAGAUUGCUGAGAAUAUCAGAGAGGAUGCUACGAGGACACUUGAUACUUUGCAUCAACAAGGAGAGCAAAUUGAAAGGACCCACGCCAUGGCUGUUGACAUAGAUAAGGAUUUAAGUAAGGGUGAGAAGCUUUUGAAUAGUCUGGGCGGCAUGUUUUCUAAGCCUUGGAAGCCAAAGAAGACCCGAGAUAUUGCAGGGCCUGUAGUCACCUCAGAUAAGUCAUCCAAGAAAAGUGAAAACCAGAAGGAGCAGAGAGAAAAGUUGGGUCUGGCUCCUGUACCUAAAGCUAAGCCAGGAAGUAAGACGCCUCCUCCUGAACCAACUAAUGCCAUACAGAAAGUUGAGCUUGAGAAGGCAAAGCAAGAUGAUGCACUCUCAGAUCUAAGUAACAUCUUGGGUGAUCUCAAGGGCAUGGCUGUGGAGAUGGGAUCUGAACUUGACAGACAAAACAAAGCCCUUGAUCAUCUUCAUGAUGAUGUGGAUGAACUGAACUCUCGAGUGAAAGGUGCCAAUCAGCGAGCACGUAAUUUGCUUGCCAAGUGAAAGGUUUUUCUUCAGUCUCCUUCACAUAUAAUCUUCCAUUUUGUAUUUGCAAUCUGUUGGUAGAAACCAAAUUACGCCUCUCUCAUAUUACUUCUGAAAAUUGCAAUUCAGUUAACCACGAACGAAAAGUCAUACAUGUUACAAUGAAGUGAAAUAUGUCAUGGAAUUCUUUAAUUCACAACUAUUGAGGAAAAUGUAUAAUUUCUACCUGAUAUGAGAUUCAGUAUACACAUAAAUAUUUGUCCUUAAUUCGACACGACGCUGAAAAAAUAAUACAUGUUACAAUAAAGUGAAGCAUGUCAUGGAGUGCUUUACUUCAGAACCAUGAGAGAAAUUUUGUAUGAUUACAAAGGUUUAAAGAUGUGAAGUACUUUAAGGCACCGCACGGUGUAUCCCAGCUUCUUAUCCUUG